UUUUAAUAAUCGUUCCAAGUGUGAUUUAUUCCACUAUUACUAUAUUCAGCCAUUCUCUUAAGUGUGGGGAUUUGAGUAAUGCUAAUACAGUUGUAUAACGUUAUACAGCUCUCCACUGAUAUGAGUUUGUUAGGACACUAACUGGAUGUUAAUUGUGAGCUAUUACCAUCCGAUCAAUCAAACAUUCACAUUAUAGUGGAAUCGACUGGUGCGCAGUAGAUAAAUACUGAAUGAGCUCAGCGUGUUGCCGUUCCCGUUCUGCUCAGCAGGAGGCGCUUGUUGCCGCUGUAACGCCGAAAAGUCAGAAAGGAAUACUUUUAGUCCAAACACCUGUAACAUUUACGUCUAACAGAACAUGAUACGGGUGAAGAGCAGGUUGUUUCAUUUCCGUAUCUCGGAUGAAUCCGCCAGGUUUGUAAUCACUAAAAAUAUACUCUCUAGGAAAGUGACCCGUGAUGACUAAAAGGCUCUUCUAAACAUAACAUAACUUCCCAGAAGUCGCACACGGUAUUUUAAAAAUGUCAAAGUGUGUCCAGAACCUUGUUCGCUUCCUGUGGGGCCAAGAAGAAGCCCGAUCCUCAGUCCCGCCUCCAGCGCGUAAAGGACGCGACGCGCAGUUUACGCACUGCGUUCAGUUGAAGUAGAGGAUGCCGGACCCUCACACACCGGCUAUCAGCUGUAGAGAAACGCAUCCUUUUCAUAAUGACCUCUACGGACCGCUGUGAUUCUCCGGAUAAUUUCCAAAUCAAAAUUGGAGAGAUGUUGGACUUUAACCUCUCCAAGCCAUUGCGCGAAGGCAAUAUCACCAAGAAUUCCAGCUGUGGAUCGGUAUCAGUUGGUUUCCCCAUAACCAUGAUGAUCACUGGGAUGGUGGGCAACUCAUUGGCUCUUAUGCUGGUGUAUAUCUCUUACAAAAAAAAGGAAAAUAAAAGAAAAAAGUCUUUCUUGCUCUGCAUCGGAUCUUUGGCGUUAACCGACCUGUUUGGACAGCUUUUGACAAGUCCAAUAGUGAUAUCAGUCUACCGGGCGGACCUGAACUGGGAGCGCAUCGACUCAUCGGGCAAAUUGUGCGCUUUUUUCGGUGUGUGCAUGACAACUUUUGGCCUGUGCUCUCUCUUCUUGGCCAGCGCCAUGGCGAUUGAAAGGGCUCUGGCGAUAACGAACCCCCACUGGUACUCCAAUCACAUGAAGACGAGUGUGACAAAGCAGACUUUGGCAGUCAUAUGGUGUCUCGUGUUGAUCUUUGCGCUGCUGCCCACCGCAGGGGUCGGGGAAUACACCCGCCAGUGGCCGGGCACCUGGUGCUUCAUCAGCACGGGCGACAGGAAAGUCCCGGGCAAUAUGUUCUUCGCCGUCACUUUCGCCGUGCUCGGGAUUUUCUCCCUCCUUGUUACACUGUUCUGCAACGUGGUGACCAUCCGGGGCCUGAUCGUGCGCUGCAAAACAAAGUCCGGCACGUCUCAGUCUUCAAAGCAGUGGGAACGGCUGACCACGGAGACCGUCAUCCAGCUGCUGGGCAUCAUGUGCGUCCUGCUCGUGUGCUGGUCUCCUCUGCUGGUGCUCAUGCUGAGGAUGAUUUCCAACCAGGUAUCCUCACACGACUGCAGCUCAACCACGUUGCCCUCCAAUCGCACCUCAGGCCGGGGUGUCCAGUUGGAUUGCAACUUUUUUCUCACAGCGAUCCGCUUGGCCUCCCUCAACCAGAUCCUCGACCCGUGGGUCUAUCUGCUCCUCAGGGAGAUCCUCCUCCGCAAGUUCUGCAUCGUGGCUAACGCAGUGUCCAACUGCUCCAUCGAGGAACAGAAAGGAACCCAGACAGCCCUGGAUGUCCUCAAUAAGCAGAAGCAAGACGGCAUCAACCCUCAGAAAACAGGUUAAGUCAACUUUUGACAGGGAUCGGCUGUCGUCUGGCUUGGACGCAUGGAUACACUGUUGUCUUGGAUGGGUUUUUUGAAAAACACGGGAGCAACAUUUAUGUCAGAACAAUGGGAGAGGAGGUUAAAGUUUUAAUGAGAAGCGGGCCAACUCUGCUCUGAGUGUAUUUUCUUUUUUCGCUGAACACAAAUUCCAUUUAAAGUCAGUGAACCAGCAUAAGGAUGCAUGACCGUGUCGCCUCCUGCACUUGGCUGCCGCGUGGUGAGCGGGAAUAGACCCAUAGUUACCUUUCACCUGCAAGACCCAAGAACUGAACAUGGGUGAGUUUGAAUUGGCUUACAUGGAAGAUAUGCAUCUCCUGCUCUAGUUUAGUUUAGUUAGUGCUUACUUUUAACAACUUGAAGCCAUAAACCAGGUAAAGGGGAAGGGUGGCUUUUUUUUGUAAAUACCUGUAAAUUAUGAAAUAAACAUCACACGUGCUCAUUUCAA